CAAGUUUUUGAAUUAUCAAGCUAUUGCGUGGGCAUUUAGGCGCCUCGGUUUACAGUGCACGGCUUCUUGUUUCAAUAGUCGCAUGAAAUCGUGUACAACUUUCGAUCGUCUUGGUUUUUUAUCUUCAAGAAAGAAGGAGAUGUAUCUAUUGAAGAGACCAAACCGUCUGUCCAAGUUUGCAGCUGGAAGCAAGCUCUUGCCUUUGCAAAAGCGCUUCAACUAUGCUGUUGGUGGAAACGAUGAUGACGACGACAAUGAAGGUCAUGAGGCUUCAAAAUCCUACGAGACCGAGAUCUUCUCGCUACGAAGUCUGCUACGAAGCGAGCUUAACUACGAUUGCUUUCUUCAGCUCUUAAAAGAUGAGCAGCAACGCGUCGUCGGUGCUUUUACGACCUCAGCAAGGCAG